CGGCCCCUUUAAUAAAUACCAAAUCAAACGAACAGCACAGGCCCGCAGCCGCCUUUUUCUUCUUCCUCUCUCUCACAUGCUCUACUACAAACUCUGACCAGAAUGGAAACCCUAAUAAACCUCUCUCGCCUGCCCAUUCCCUCCGCCCCCCGCCUCCCCACCGCCUCCUUCGCCUUCCCCCCGACCACCUCCUCCCUCUCUCUCCUCCCCUCCCCAAACUCCCGCCUCCGUCCGCUCCGAUGCUCGGCUCCCUCUCCUCCCUCACUAGGUGCGAUUGACCAAUCGGAGAAGUUUACGGAAGCUGCGAAGCACGGGAACUUGAUUCCCCUGUACCGGAGCAUAUUCUCCGAUCACCUGACGCCGGUGCUUGCGUACCGGUGUUUGGUUAAGGAAGAUGAGAGAGACGCUCCCAGCUUCUUGUUCGAAUCGGCCGAGCCUGGCUUGCAGGCUUCUAGCGUUGGGCGCUUUAGUGUGAUUGGAGCUCAGCCGACUAUGGAAAUUGUGGCGAAAGAAAAUAUGGUGACGGUUAUGGACCACAGGAAAGGGCAGAAAACUGAGGAGUUCGUAGAGGAUCCGAUGGUUGUUCCGAGGAGAAUAAUGGAAAAGUGGAAGCCCCAACGUAUUGAUGAGCUCCCUGAAGCAUUUUGUGGUGGAUGGGUUGGUUAUUUCUCAUAUGACACAGUGCGUUAUGUAGAGAAGAAGAAGCUUCCAUUCUCAAGUGCUCCAAGGGAUGAUAGAAACUUUCCUGAUGUUCAUCUAGGCCUCUAUGAUGAUGUGAUUGUGUUUGAUCAUGUGGAAAAGAAAGCAUGCGUGAUACACUGGGUGCGGUUGGAUGAAUUUUCUUCUGUUGAGGAGGCAUUUAAUGAUGGGAUGAACCGGUUGAACACCUUAGUCUCUAGAGUGCAUGACAUAGUUCCCCCAAGGCUAGCUGCAGGUUCGAUAAAAUUAUAUACCAGCCUUUUUGGCCCAUCCUUGAAGAACUCAACCAUGAGAAGUGAAGCAUACAAGGAGGCGGUGUUGCAAGCUAAGGAACAUAUACUGGCAGGGGAUAUUUUCCAAAUCGUAUUAAGUCAGCGAUUUGAACGGCGAACUUUUGCAGAUCCAUUUGAGGUCUACAGGGCAUUGAGGAUUGUUAAUCCAAGUCCAUAUAUGACUUAUUUGCAAGCUAGAGGGUGUAUUUUGGUUGCUUCAAGUCCCGAAAUUCUUACUCGCGUUAAGAAGAGAAAGGUCACUAAUCGACCACUUGCCGGGACUGUUAGGAGGGGGAAGACGCCCGAAGAAGAUUAUAUGUUGGAAAAACAACUUCUACAUGAUGAAAAACAAUGUGCAGAGCAUAUCAUGUUGGUUGACUUGGGAAGGAAUGAUGUUGGAAAGGUUUCAAAACCUGGUUCUGUGAAUGUUGAGAAGCUCAUGAACAUUGAACGCUAUUCCCAUGUCAUGCACAUCAGCUCCACGGUCACUGGAGAGUUGCUUGAUGAUUUAUCCAGCUGGGAUGCUUUGCGUGCUGCACUGCCUGUUGGAACAGUUAGUGGGGCACCAAAGGUAAAAGCCAUGGAGUUGAUUGAUGAGCUAGAAGUUACGAGACGGGGGCCAUAUAGUGGUGGAUUUGGAGGCAUUUCCUUCACUGGCGACAUGGACAUUGCCCUAGCAUUGAGAACAAUUGUAUUCCCAACUGAAAUGCGUCACGACACGAUGUACUCGUACAAGGAUACAAACAAGCGGCGGGAUUGGGUGGCCCACCUUCAAGCGGGGGCAGGUAUUGUGGCCGACAGUGAUCCAAGUGAUGAGCAGAGAGAGUGCGAGAACAAAGCUGCAGCACUCGCCCGUGCCAUCGACCUUGCAGAGUCUUCGUUCGUUGAGAAAUGAUGAAAUCAUCUUUCGCUACUGUGGAGAUCGUUGACUUUAUAAGCAAUGAUGUAGGACGAAAAUGAGCUUUCUGCUGUUGCGGUGGACCUGUAAAUAGUUCGAUGACACAGUAAUGCUAAGGGGAGUGUAGCUCAAAGUUUGCCGUUCAAUGAGACGCGUAAUGAGUUGGGACUGAUCGCUCUCGUUUUCCUUUUGUACUUGGCCAAUUGAGCCGGUGAACUCCUCAUUUUGAUUUUGAAUUCCAAAUAGCCUAGCUUAUAUUAAAUCUUCGAAAACACAUUUGUGUUCUUUUAUGGAGUAGAUUCAUCUUGGUUGUAGCCAUCUCCCUCUCUGCCUCUUGUAACAAGAAAAGAAAAUGGUUGGUAUACAGUGGAAAUAGUAAAUUUUGAUUUUAAGCUAAUGGAGCGGUAUCUAUACUUAA